CCCUCUCAUUCCCCCUUUCCUCCUUCCUCUUCUCUUCCUCCUUCUCUUCCCACUUCUCCCUCCUCCUCCUCGCCCCAGGACCUGCCCGGUCACACCUCCUGGGCCGGUCACCCCCCCCGGCCGACCAUGCCUUCUGGAGUGUGUUGCUGUUGCGCUGCCUUACGUCCUCGCUACAAACGAUUGGUGGACAAUAUAUUUCCUGAAGACCCAAAAGAUGGUCUUGUUAAAGCCGAUAUGGAGAAGCUGACAUUCUAUGCGGUGUCUGCCCCGGAAAAACUGGAUCGAAUUGGCUCCUACCUGGCAGACAGACUGAGCAGAGACGUCGUCAGGCACCGCUCUGGGUAUGUUUUAAUUGCCAUGGAGGCUUUGGACCAGCUUCUUAUGGCUUGUCAUUCUCAAAGCAUAAAGCCAUUUGUAGAAAGCUUUCUUCAUAUGGUGGCCAAACUGCUGGAAUCAGGAGAACCAAAGCUGCAAGUUCUUGGAACCAAUUCUUUUGUCAAAUUUGCUAAUAUCGAGGAAGACACACCCUCCUAUCACAGACGUUAUGAUUUUUUUGUUUCCCGCUUCAGUGCCAUGUGUCAUUCCUGCCAUGCCGAUCCAGAAACACGGACUGAAAUUCGAAUUGCCGGGAUCCGGGGCAUCCAAGGUGUGGUCCGCAAGACUGUGAAUGACGAGCUGCGGGCAACUAUAUGGGAACCACAGCAUAUGGACAAAAUUGUGCCCUCACUACUUUUUAACAUGCAAAAGAUAGAAGACAAUGACAGCCGAAUAGGGCCACCGUCAUCUCCUCCGGGAGGAGACAAAGAAGAAAACCCCGCCGUGCUUGCAGAAAACUGUUUCAGAGAACUUCUAGGUCGAGCCACUUAUGGGAAUAUGAACAAUGCCGUGCGACCAGUUUUUGCGCAUUUAGAUCAUCACAAACUUUGGGAUCCCAAUGAAUUUGCUGUCCACUGCUUUAAAAUUAUAAUGUACUCCAUACAGGCACAAUAUUCCCACCAUGUAAUCCAGGAAACCCUGGGACAUCUCGAUGCCCGAAAAAAAGAUUCCCCAAGGGUUCGGGCUGGUAUUGUUCAGGUCCUGUUGGAGGCAGUAGCCAUUGCUGCUAAAGGAUCCAUAGGUCCCACGGUGUUGGAGGUGUUUAAUACCUUGCUGAAGCAUUUGCGUCUUAGCGUGGAGCUGGAGUCAGGGGACGCACGCAGCUCCGUGGGCAGUGCCAGCUUCAGUACCAGCUCCAAAGACAACGACGAAAGGAUCGUCCAGAAUGCCAUCAUUCAAACAAUAGGAUUUUUUGGCAGCAAUCUUCCAGAUUACCAGAGAUCAGAGAUCAUGAUGUUCAUUAUGGGAAAAGUGCCUGUUUUUGGAACAACCACCCACACGCUGGACACCAGCCAACUAGGGGAUUUGGGAACCCGGCGGAUCCAGAUAAUGUUGCUGAGGUCCUUACUGAUGGUAACCUCAGGCUACAAGGCCAAGACCAUUGUCACUGCACUUCCUCCACCAUUUCUUGAUCCAUUAUUGUCUGCUUCACUCAUGGAAGACUAUGAAUUAAGACAGCUGGUCCUGGAAAUAUUGCACAAUCUGAUUGAUCGACAUGACAAUAGGGCAAAACUCCGGGGAAUCAGAAUCAUACCAGAUGUAGCCGACCUAAAGAUAAAAAGAGAAAAAAUUUCAAGGCAAGAUGCAAGUUUCAUGAAAAAGAACGGUCAGCAGCUAUACCGGCACAUCUAUUUGGGCUGCAAGGAAGAGGACAAUGUGCAGAAAAACUUUGAGCUCCUGUAUACGUCUCUUGCUCUUACGACCAUUGAACUGGCCAAUGAAGAAGUGGUCAUUGACCUCAUUCGAGUAGCUAUUGCUUUACAGGAAAACGCCAUCAAUAACGAAGAUAACUUGCCCAUGUUCCAUCGCUGUGGUAUAAUGGCCCUGACCGCAGCCUAUCUCAACUUCCUAAGCCAGAUGAUCGCCGUUCCUGCUUUCUGCCAGCACGUGAGCAAGGUUAUUGAAACACGGACCGAGGAAGCUCCUUAUUUUCUACCGGAACACAUCUUCAAAGACAAGUGCUUGCUUCCAAAAUCAUUGGAGAAACAUGAAAAAAAGUUGUUUUUCCUGACCAACAAGAUUGCGGAGUCAUUAGGCGGCAGUGGGUACAGCGUGGAGAAGUUAUCAGUGCCGUAUGUCCCCCAGGUCACAGAUGAAGACCGACUCUCCCGAAGGAAAAGCAUCGUGGACACCGUAUCCAUCCAGGUGGAUAUUUUACCAGGCAACACCGCUGACGAUACGGUUAGUAGCACGGAAGAGAUCACCUUUGAAGCACUGAAGAAAGCAAUCGACACCAAUGGACUGGAAGAACAGGAAAAAGAGAAGAGGCGCCUUGUGAUAGAAAAGUUCCAGAAAGCCCCUUUUGAAGAAAUUGCAGCCCAGUGUGAAUCCAAAGCAAACCUGCUUCAUGACAGACUUGCACAGAUAUUGGAACUCACCAUACGCCCUCCUCCGAGCCCGUCUGGAACCCUGACUAUCACCUCCGGGCACGCCCAGUACCAGUCCGUCCCCGUCUACGAGAUGAAGUUUCCAGAUCUUUGUGUGUAUUGAGCGUCCUCCGAAGCCUGCCGCAUAAAGUAUUUAGCUUAAAAUACACAAAGCAAGACCGUCGCGAGUUUGCAGAUUCGAUUUCCUGGGCAUCCAAAUUAAGUUACAGCCCAGCCCAGGAUUGCCCGAUCAAAUUAGGCAUCUUUCAAACUGCAUUUCUUGUAGCGAAUCUGAAGCUUCAGAUACAUAAGGUCAGAUUAGCUAUUCCAUUUCAUUUCUAGUUAGACUACGAAGACGUUUCCCCCCUUGUGGUUUGUACAUUUCUAACUCUCCACCGAAACUUAAUGUUCAAAUCUGUAUAUUUUUUUAGUGUUUUCAGUCUUCAGAGGAAAUGUAAAAACAUACAAUGGGUCUGGCAUCAUUUCACAAACCCACUCGGUUUAGACAGAAUACUCAAUGUGACCGUGAAAAAAAUAUUAACUAUGCAUUCUAGGGCUGCAGAACAAUCUGUGACGUGCAUCUCUUUCCUUUAAAAUCAACAACAGCCCUGAUUGCAUAAAAGCAAAAAACCUGAUAGUUUUGUGGUAGGUGUCGUUAUGAGGGCGUGGCCCACAGUGCUUUUCAAAACUCCGGUACUCGUAUAUACUGUGUUUCCUGUCGCAGACAGAACUGUUGUGCUUGAGAGGGUCGAGGCCUUGAGCCUGCUCGUGGAGCACCGAACCGUGCAAUAUUUUUCAUGUCACCGAGGUGUAGAGUUUACAACCCAUGCUUUUGAAAUUGCAGUAGUAUUUUACUAUGGUUUCAUGAAUAAACAGAGAUUAUAUUUAGAAUAGAUACUAAAGAAGUUAGACAUUUUUAAAUGGAUAAUGAAUGACUAGCACACCUGGAAGUCCAUAAUUGCAGAAGUUGAGGUAGCAUCCCAUUAGCGCUGUUCGUGGAGUUGAGGAAAACUCCGCUGCUCCCAAAAUGCCCAUGGCUCCAACACCCACAAAAGUUAUUUUAGUGGCACCUGUAAACCCUGGAGCAAAACAAUUGCACUCCCCUGCAUCUGUCAUGGGAGGGGGCUUUCACUGCAGUUAAUAAGACUUCCUUUAGCUGUAAAAGAUAAGCAUGCUGCGUUUCAUAGGUUUGCAUCCCUGUCGAUAUCAAGGGCUCCAGCCAAAGAUUCCAUCGUGACGGAGGAUUCCUCUCCCUAAAGUAGGGUUCUUGAAGACUGUUUUCUUCCAUACCUUGAGGGGCUGACCCUGCAGUCUGGACUUAACUUCCCCGGGGACAGUGGGAACAUCACCAACUUAAAUGAUGAAAUACCGAAUCUUUUACAUUUAAAGAAAUAGCAAACAUCGAAACAGAUUGAAUUUCGGUCAUCAGUGUGGGGGAAAAGGAGAAUUGUCCAUCAGAUGUGUCAACAUCAAUCAGUGGUACGUAUUGAGCGCUGUGUGCAAAGCACUGAACUAAGUGCCUGGGAGAAUACGGUGCACCAGAGUCCUGCCCUCGAAGAGCGUAAGAGUGGAAUCUGUAUAGCAAACCCUUUUGCGGCCUUUAGAGUUAGCGUCACCUUAGGCCAGAGAGUCCAGUCACUUAAACCUAUGAGACGCAACACUGCAGCAGCAACGGAAUGUUCCCUUACACAGAGGGAGGUAACCGAGACCUUCUUUUCAGAUUGACAGUGCAAUCACAGCUGUGGAUGACGGAACAGCCUUUCCCCGUAUUCUUUUGUGAUUGUUACUGCUGCAGCCAGACAGAAGCUGUCUCACCCUUCAGUCCUUAUCUUUGUCCCUUCCGUUUUCCUUUUCUUUUCCUUUUAAGGUAAGACUGGGUAGUUCAGUGCCUAUGUACAUUUACCCAAAAAAAAAAGGUUAAACUGGGGGCAGGGGGGCAAAAGGCAAAGCAGUCCUCAUCCACUUGGAUGUCAUUUUCUAGAUGAACACUGUGUGCUUUUGUAAGAAAAAAGAAAUAUAGUCUUAAGAAGAAUGUAUUCUCAUUUGCACUCAUGCAACUGUGCUGAAUCUAGACUCUGGUUUCUCGCUAAAGUUAAAGCCGGCGCGACCUGCCGUGGGGCAUGGUGGGGAGGCUGGGUGGGUGUGUGCGUUUGUGUGAAGAGUUGUACUGACCGUUUACCGCACCAUCCAGCGAGCCUGUUGGUAAACUGUUGAUUUGGGGUUUCCUCCUUUGGUUUAGCCAAAGUGGACUUCCACAAAGCCCCGGUUGUCAGGGCCGGCCUCGCCAAAGUGGCGGGGGGCACUCAUGUUGGAUCCUGACAGCCCGGGAUUUGGAAAAGUCCGCCAGAAGAUUGCGUGGCUGUUUUACCGUAGGUAUUAAGAAACCAAAAACCAUUCUAUCUUCUUGUACGCCGCUGUUUUGUAUCUUUCGUUUCUUCUAGAAAAGUUGGAUGUUUAGAGUACAAAAAGUAGCAUGCUAGAACCGUGACUUCCAUUAGAGUUGACCCCGUGUCACGCCAUCCUCCAGUGCUGUCUUUUUAAAGACCACUCUUUUUUUGCCACCUGUUUGGUUUCAAGAUAAAUUUAACCUAUUUUCAGAGGAAACAAGACUCCCCCUUGAUCAGAAUCUGGAAGCAGGAUUAAUUUGUCUUAUGUUUCAUUGAUGGUGAUCAGUUCUGUACAAGAUGUAAGAAUACACUGUGCAAUCUACAUGCUAGCAAUAAAGUGAACCAAAAAUAUUGAA